AAAAGCAUCAAUUUAAAACGAUUUUUUGUACUUGUUAAUAAAUUUUAAAUAAAUAAACUGAAAAUAUGGUUAAUGAAAAAUUAAGAAUGCGUAAGCAACUUGGUCUACUUGAAGGGGUGGCGCUUAUACUUGGAAUUAUAUUCGGAAGCGGUGUGUUCAUUUCGCCUAAAGCAGUUUUGGAAAUGACUGGGUCUAUAUGGGGGUCGUUGACCGUAUGGGUUGCUUGUGGAGUGUUAUCCACUUUCGGUGCUUUGUGUUAUGCUGAGUUAGGCACAGCUCUUGUUCAAAGCGGCGGUGAUUAUCAUUAUAUCAAUGAGGCAUACGGUCAACUACCGGCUUUCUUAUAUCUCUGGGACGCUAUUUUAAUAUUCGUACCGACUUCGAAUGCAAUAAUGGCUUUAACAUUUGCCAACAAUGUUCUCCAGCCUAUUUUCAGUGGUUGUUUCAUAAAUCCUGUUUGUAGAAAACUCAUUGCCGCCUCGAUUAUAUGUCUAUUCACCUUCAUUAACUCUUACGACAUAAAGUUCACGACGAGAUUACAAAACUUAUUCACAUUUAUAAUGCUGUCCGCAAUAGUAAUGGUCGUGGGCGGCGGUGUAGUUUGGCUGGCUGAAGGGAACACGCAGAAUUUUUCGCACGGUUGGACAGGUACGACUACGUCUAUAAGCGACUGGUCGAUCGCUUUCUUUUUGGGAAUAUUCUCAUAUUCUGGUUGGAACUAUUUAAACUUCAUGGUAGAAGAGCUAGUCGAUCCGUAUGUGAAUCUGUCUCGCGCGAUAUACAUUUCUCUACCUCUGGUUACUAUUGUAUAUGUGAUGGCAAACAUUUCUUACUUGGCUGUGCUUGGACGGGAUAUGUUAAGUACAGAAGCUAUUGCCGUUGAUUUUGCCUCUAAAAUUGCCGGAUGGCUUAGUUGGAUAAUGCCGACAUUGGUAGCCAUUGCGACUCUUGGAGGUCUCUCUGUGAACAUAAUGACCUCAUCGCGCAUGUGCUUCGCUGGAGCAAGAAAUGGACAUUUACCUGAAAUACUAGCGCAUAUUAAUAUCAAAUGCAUGUCUCCUGUGCCGUCCUUAAUUUUCUUGAUGUUAUUAUCGUUGUUGAUGUUAAUACCUGAGAAUCUGACGUCACUAAUCACGUAUUGCACCGUUACUGAGUCAUUCUUCACGACGCUUUGUUGUUUUGCUGUAAUUUGGCUAAGAUAUAAGAGGCCGAAUUUACACAGACCCAUCAAGGUCCAACUGUGGAUGCCCGUAAUAUUCGUGAUCACCACGGCCUCCCUUCUCAUAAUACCGGUUGUGAGUGAGCCCAUAGCUGUAAUAUCAGGAAGUCUAAUCACAUUACUUGGUCUGCCUGUAUAUUAUACUUUGGUGAAGAAAACUCCUAAAAGAAUCGCAAAUUUAACACCGAAGUUAACGCGUAUCUGUCAACUAUUGUUCCUGGUAGCCGCCGAAGAAGAAGACGACUAAAAAAUAGCCUUCAAGCCAAAAAUCAAUAUUUUUUUAGCUUUGGUGUGAUAUUCUUAUAUACUCUUUUAUGGUUGGACUGAGCUAAGGAUUACGCUUUGAUUUUAUUGCUUUAACUACAUACUCAACAAAUGUUCACGAUUGACUUCCACGGUGAAGGAAUAACAUCGUGUAAUAAAAAUGAAACCCGCAAAAUUAUAAUUUGCGUAAUUACUGGUGGUAGGACCUCUUGUGAGUCCGCGCGGGUGGGUACCACCGCCCUGCCUAUGUCUGCCGUGAAGCAGUAAUGCGUUUCGGUUUGAAGGGUGGGGCAGCCGUUGUAACUAUACUGAGACCUUAGAACUAACGUCUCAAGGUGGGUGGCGCAUUUACGUUGUGGAUGUCUAUGGGCUCCAGUAACCACUUAACACCAGGUGGGCUGUGAGCUCGUCCACACAUCUAAGCAAUAAAUAAAUAAAAAAAGUUAUUCAUGGAGAAGAAUUCUUAUGCAGGCUAAAAACAUGUACGUGAUCUUUUGGAACGUGUUUGAUAACAAUUAAAAACUGUAUUAGAGACACGCAUAUUAUAAAUUAACGGAGUCGACAUUUUACGGUAAAUGUCUGUUUCUUGCAUCAGCGAAUUUUAUGCGUGGAUAUUUUAUUCUCAGUGACCUCCAAGAGUUGCGAUGGCUCAAUGUCGACAAUAUCCACGUAAAGCUCUCCGAUAUUGUGUAAUAUUUAUUAUUACUUUAGGUAUAGUGUAGUAUAACUGCAGUGAAACUAAUACAUACAUGAAUACCGAAAGUACUUAUUUGUUGAGAUAACUGAACGAGCUCACGGUCUACCUAGUGUUACCUGAGCAAACCAGAGCUCAUAGAUAUCGUAACAUGUACACCUCCAUCUACCUUGAGACAUGAGGUCGUCGUCUCUAUUGUGUUGUCUAAAGGCCGUCCCACACUACAGACCAGAAAUACGUGAAUAGAAUAUAAUUUUUUAUCCCCUACCUAUUCGCUGGUAGCCUAAGAGGCUAUUCCAGCUAC